UGACGAGCCACACCAUCCUGAGUGUCCACACACCACCGAGCCAAGGAACCGAGGAGUCCAUCCAGCCGUCGCAUGGCAGGGAUCAGAGUCAUCACAGUGGACUGGCAGCUGGAGAGGAACGGCGCUGCCCACCACACCCAGGAGUACCCCUGCCCCGAGCUGGUAGUUCGCAGGGGCCAGUCAUUCACACUGAUUCUGGAGCUGAGCAGGGCCCUGGACCACGAGGACGCCCUCAUCUUCACGGUGGAGACGGGACCCCGGGCGUCUGAGGAGCUCCACACCAAAGCUGAGUUCCAGACGUCUAGGCCAGAGGAAGGUGAUACCUGGACAGCCGUGGAGGAGGCUCAGACAGAGAACAUCUUAACCAUCAGCCUUGCCAGUCCUCCUGAUGCUGUCAUCGGCCGUUACCUGCUGAGUACAAGGGUCUCCUCUCGCCGCAAACACAGCAACCGCAAGCUAGGGGAGUUUGUUCUCCUUUUCAACCCCUGGUGUCCAGAGGACGAUGUGUUUCUGGCCUCAGAGGAGGAGAGACAGGAGUAUGUGCUCAACGACAGUGGGAUCAUCUUCCGAGGCGUGGAGAAGCACAUCCGAGCCCAGGGCUGGAACUACGGGCAGUUUGAGGAGGACAUCCUGAACAUCUGCCUCUCCAUCCUGGACCGAAGCCCUAAUCACCAAGACAACCCAGCCACUGAUGUGUCCCACCGCCAUGAUCCUGUCUAUGUCACCAGGAUCGUCAGUGCCAUGGUGAAUAGCAACAACGACCGGGGAGUGGUCCAAGGCGAGUGGCAGGGCAAAUAUGGCAGCGGCACCAGUCCACUGCACUGGCGUGGCAGCGUGGCCAUUCUGCAGAAGUGGUUCAAGGGCAGAUAUAGGCCAGUCAAAUACGGCCAGUGCUGGGUCUUCGCUGGAGUCAUGUGCACAGUACUUAGGUGUCUGGGGAUCGCCACACGGGUCGUGUCCAACUUCAACUCAGCCCAUGACACGGAUCAGAACCUGAGUGUGGACAAAUAUGUGGACUCCUUCGGGCGGACCCUGGAGGAUCUGACGGAAGACAGCAUGUGGAAUUUCCACGUCUGGAAUGAGAGCUGGUUUGCCCGGCGGGACCUGGGCCUCUCUUACAAUGGCUGGCAGGUUCUGGAUGCCACCCCCCAGGAGGAGAGUGAAGGUGUGUUCCGUUGCGGCCCAGCCUCAGUAACCGCCAUUCGUGAGGGUGAUGUGCACCUGGCCCAUGAUGGCCCCUUUGUGUUUGCGGAGGUCAAUGCAGACUACGUCACCUGGCUGUGGCAUGAGGACGAGAGCCGUGAACGUGUAUAUUCAGACACAAAGAAGAUCGGGAGAUGCAUCAGCACCAAGGCGGUGGGCAGCGACUCCCGAGUGGACAUCACAAGUCUCUACAAGUAUCCAGAAGGGUCCCGAAAGGAGAGGCAGGUGUACAGCAAGGCGGUGAAGAAGCUGUUCGGUGUGGAAGCCUCUGGGAGGAGAACCCGAGUCCGCAGGGCGGGGGGACGUGGUCUGUGGCGUGAUGACCUCCUGGAGCCUGCCACCAAGCCCAGCAUCACUGGCAAGUUCAAAGUGCUGGAGCCACCCGUGCUGGGCCACGAUCUGAGACUGGCCUUGUGCCUGGUCAACCUCACCUCCCGGGCCCAGCGUGUCCAAGUCAACCUGAGUGGUGCCACCAUCCUUUACACCCGCAGGCCAGUGGCAGAGAUCCUGCAUGAAUCCCAUACAGUAAGGCUGGGGCCACAAGAAGAGAAGAAGAUCCCAAUUUCCAUAUCCUACUCCAAGUAUAAAGAAGACCUGACGGAAGACAAGAAGAUCCUGUUGGCUGCCAUGUGCCAUGUCACAAAGGGAGACAAGCUUCUGGUGGAGAAAGACAUUAGUCUGGAGGAUGUCAUCACCAUCCAGGUCCUGGGUCCAGCCAUGGUGGGAGUGGCAGUUGUGGUGGAAGUCACAGUGGUCAAUCCCCUCUCAGAGAAAGCAGAGGACUGUGUGCUGAUGGUGGAGGGCAGCGGCCUUCUCCAGGGACAGCUCAACAUUGAUGUGCCCAGCCUGGAGCCCCAGGAGAGGGCCUCGGUCAAGUUCGAUAUCACCCCCUCCAAGAGUGGCCCAAGGCAGCUGCAGGUGGACCUCAUCAGCCCCCACUUCCCUGACAUCAAGGGCUUUGUGAUUGUCCAUGUGGCCCCCACCAAGUGAUGGGUCAGGAGGGACUGGAGGGGAGAAUUUGGUCCCAUUCUCCUCUUAUCCACCUCUUUAUCAGUUCCACAUGGGGCCCAGGGGCCUGGCUUAGUCCUGCUCCAACCUCUACCCUACGUGGUAAACUUGGGCAAGUUCCUUCCCCUCCUGGGCCUCAGUUUCCUCAUCCAUAAAAUGAGGUGUUGCCCUGAGUAAUCCUUAAGCUUUUAAACAACUCUGGAUGAUGUGAGAACUGAGGGGGCCUCAGCCUAGCUGGGAAGUUGACAGCCCCAGCAUCACAGCAACCCUGGCCCGUCCAGCUCUGCUAUCUCCUGCCCGGCCAGUUUGUCAUCACUCUUGCUGGCCUCUGGGCUCUCCCUGCUUCUCUCUCAGUUCUUCAAAUGUCCUCCUCUUCCCAGCCCUGACAGAGAACCCUAAAGUGUCAGUGCUAGCUCUGAAGCUUCCCUCCAUACCCCUGUUACAGAAGAGCAGCCUGACCAAGGCCACAGGGUGAGCUGGAAGCAGAGUGGGGACCAUGUGUGUGCCAUUACACCAAAGUCGUGAUCCUGAAAAGCAUUAGAUUUUAAGCCAAGGGAGAUUGUCCCUCAUUGAAGACACAGAUCCAGGAUCUAGGGGGCAACUAAGAAGACAAAAGAGAGGCCAUCCAGCUGGAGUGCAUUCCCUGAAACCUACAGCCCCAAAUCGGAUCUAGUCAUGGUUAUUUAGGAGCUCAUACCACCAGCCCAGCCACGCCCUGCAUGGACUUCUUUCUUUGGAGCCAGUACAAUGCUGCCUUUGCAAAAUAUUCUCAAUAGCUCAUGCUUUGCAAAAUAUGGACUUAGAGUCAAAACAGAACACGGACCCCCAAGACGGAGACUAGAGUAGACACACCCAGGCCCCAAAGAUAACAGACAGGGAAUCCAACUCUGAAACUAUUUAUACAGCCAAAGGAAUUAUAAUUAAUCAUAUAAUUUAAGCAAUGUGAUCAACAAUAAUAAAACGAGCUCCUGUGCAGUGAGACACCCUCUGGAUACAAAAUCAAGUGACAACAAUGUAUGUAGUGGGUCUUUGCCAAAAUAGGGUCAGGCAGACAGUUUGACAGUGUUUGAGGGCCCCCCAGUGGUGGCCUUCAUUGUUCUGAUUCUACAUAACGUGUACUUGGGAGCCAGAAGAGCAGAUGCAUUUGAUGAGUCAGUCUCUGAGGCUGCUUUGGCUCCAGAACCCCCUUUCCAAGGCCAAGUUCUUAAUGCUGAUCCCAGGUCAGAGGAGCGGCAGGGUGUUUUAGGGCAGGCAGCUUCUUCCUCAAGAUCGUGCAGCAGAAAAGAGUGUUGAGGGCUGAAGUCAAUAGUAAGGACACUCCAUCCAGCAGGGAGGCUCUCCAUGUCAGCCAAAGAAGUCUCCUCUUGUGCUGGCUCCAGACACCUCAUCCAGCAAAUGCCAACUACCUGUAUUCCUCAAGCUCGGCUCUCAUAGGUUGAGGUUCCCAGGAAGCUGAUUCUGAGAUGGGUUUAGGAGUGACCUGGAAAUCAAUGCCCAGGGAGGUAGAUGGGGGACACAGGAGUGGGCAGAGAAGGGAAUCAGGCCAUGAAGCAGGCCCAGUGAUAGCUUCCGCCCAUCCCCAGGCAGUUCUGGAGCUAAAAUGCUCUAUCAGACUACAUAUAAGUGGUCUUCAAAUAGUUCAGGGAAAAUGCAUAUUACAAAAAAACAAUGCAUGGAUUUCAAAAUUAUUUCCACCAAAAUAAGUUUAUACUAACUUAUUAUAACAUAUACAAACAGGAUUUAGUUUGGGGCACUAAGAAGGAUAAGACAUCAGUUUGGAAAGAGCCCCUAUCGAACAACAUGAAUUCUACUGAAAUUGAAGCAAAAACAAAUGAAUUUACAGUGAAGAUUGGGUGGAAGAAUGAUAAAAUCACUGAUGCUUUAUGAAAAGCUUAUGGGGACAAUGCCCCAAAGCAAUCAGCAGUUCACAAAUGGAUAAUUCGUUUUCAGAAGGGAUGAGAUGAUGUUCAAGAUGAAGCCCGCUUCAGUUUGCGAGGAAAAAAUUCACCUUGUUCAUGCCCUAAUUGAAGAGGAGUCGCGAUUAAUGGCAGAAACAAUAGCCAACACCAUAGAUGUCUCCAUUGGUUCUGCUUACACAGUUCUGACUAGAAAAUUAAAGUUGAGCAAACUUUCCACUUGAAAAUUUUGGUUCCACUAAAACCCUAGCACCCAGAUUUGCAUGCAGACAAAAGCAGAACAUUUGAUAAAAACUUUAAACAAGUGGGAUUAAGAUACUGAAGUGUUUCUUCAAAGAAUUGUAACAGGAGAUAAAGCAUGGCUUUAGACCAAUAUAAUCCUUAAGACAAAGCACAAUCAAAGCAAUGGCUACCAAGGGUGGAAGUGGUCAAACUCAAGCAAAAAUGGGCCAGUCCAGAGCAAAGGCCAUAGCAACAGUUUGGGGGAUGAGGGAUACUCAAGGCAUUUUGCUUGUUGACAUUCUGGAGGGCCAAGGAAUGAUAACCUUUACCUAUCGUGAGUGUUUUGAGGAAGUUAGCCAAAGCGUUAGUAGAAGAAUGCCCAGGAAAGUUUCACGAGAGUUCUUCACCACAACAAUGCUCCUGAUCAUUCUUCCCAUCCAACAAGAGCAACUUUUCAGGAGUUUCAGUGGGAAAUGGUCAGGCAUCCACCUCACAGUCCUGAUUCAGCUCCUUCAGACAUCUUUUGAUUUCCUGAUCUUAAAAAGUCUUUAAAGGCACCCAUCUUUCCUCAGUUAACUGCAUUGACAUGGUUAAGUUCCCAGGACCCUCAGUUCUUUAGAGUUGGACUAGAUGGCUGGUAUCAUCACUUACAAAAUUGUCUCCAACCUGAUGGAGCUUUUGCUGAGAAAUAAAGUUUAUGUUUUUUAUUUUUA